AUGGAUUGGAUCUAUUUCAUUUAUGUUAUUAUUGGUUUAUUUCUCAUCAAACAACUUCUCUCGCUUCUAUACAUCAUAUUCAUUUAUACAAUUGGAAAGAGAUUAUUUUCUAAAAGAAAAUUAUUAAAACAUGCUGGUGAAUGGGUAAUUGUAACUGGUGCAACAGAUGGAAUUGGUAAAGUGUAUGCUGAAGAAUUAGCUAAAGAUGGUUUAAAAAUUAUGUUAAUUAGUAGAAAUGAAGAGAAACUUUUAAGUAUGGCUGAUGAAAUUGGACGAAAUUAUCAUGUUGAGACAAGAAUAGUAACAGCGGAUUUUACAAAUACUGAUGUCUAUCAAAGAAUACAAGAAGCUAUAGAUCAAUUACCAUCAAUUGCAUGUUUAAUAAAUAAUGUUGGUAUGGGCCCUCCUAAAUUUGAUUAUUACGCAACAACAGAUUACAUGUCUAUAGAUUUUAUUAAAAAAAUCGUUUUUUGUAAUAAUCUACCAAUUGCUAUUAUGACUCAUUUAGUACUACCAAAAAUGUUAAAACAAUCAACAAAUGGUAUGGCUAUUAUUAAUAUUGGAUCAUAUUCUGGGUAUAGAGCUUUUCCAUUAUUAUCAUUAUAUUCAGCAACUAAAUCAUUUGUGAAUCAAUUAUCUAGAUCAAUCUCGAGUGAAAACUAUGAUCGUCGUAUUACUAUACAAACAGUUUGUCCAAUGUUUGUCUCUACUAAAAUGAUCGGUUAUUGUAAAAUGUCUAUAUUUAUACCGGAUCCAAAAGUUUAUGUUAAACAUGCAUUAGAUAUGUUAGGUGUUGAAAAAGAAACAUUUGGUUAUAUUGGUCAUGCUAUACAAGCUUAUCUAAAUAGUUUUUUACCAAAUUCAUUUAUCAGAUAUUAUAUGUUAAUGAUGAGAUGGUGGAUUAUAAAACAUAAAGUACAUUAAAGUAAUAUCUCAUACAUACAUAUAUUACCAUCAUUGAAUGAAUGACUUCUAUAAAUUCAAUAUACAUUUUGUUGUGGUGAUAAUGUGUAGCAACUUGGACCAAUGCAUAUAGACAUAUGCCUGACCCUAUGUUGUAGCUAACUGAUUGAUUAACUGACACUUAUAACCUUAUGUCUUUACUAUUGCUAUGAUUAUUAUUAUUAUUGUUAUUAUU